GAAAACAGUGUGUCUACUGUGCUUCUUCUUCCUCUCGCCAAGAGUGUUGGUGUGUGUGUGGUUGAGUGGUUCCUGAGCGAAGCCAACAAUCUCCUUCGAUGAUACCACCGCAAUCUCCACGAUGUUUGGCCUGGCUGGUCUCCCCCACGUCAACGAUUACAGCUGGAGGAAGAUGCAACAACAUGCAGGCGAGGCGCUUGACAAAAUGUGCCACUCCUGGCAGCGGUGGCGGGUUGAGAGCGUGAAGCCUGAAGGUUGCUGUGACGAGGCAGGGGAUUUUGUGGUGAAACCCCGGUAGUCUUCAGCAUCGAUAUGCUGGUCUGCUCCUUCAAUUCCAUCCUGCAGUUAACACCCACAGGUCACUCGAAUCAAGCCGCCCACCCGCCUGGCAAUCAGUUUAAUGCAAGCUUCAUUAGUUCCAUCUCCAUUGUGAAUGGAAUGAAAGAACAUACAUCAGAGUCGUCCUGCACGCGGAUGACAGCCGGAAGCAUGUCAUAUUCUUCAUCGGAAUGCAGACCAGCACCGCAGCCCGAUCCAAUCCUAAGAUUUGCAAGUUUUUCUAUUGGUGUCCUUUUUUUUCCCGAUCUGAUUCUGUUUGCAGUCAAUGCGUUGGAUGCUUGCUUUGGCAUUGGUUUUGGGAAUUUGAUAGAUGUGUGGAAUGUGUUUGAGAUAACCAUGCUCAGGAGAAGCCGAAGAAGGAAACUCUGGUGCUGUUCUUCGUUGCAAACAUAUGGGGAGGUGUGGUGGGUGAGAGGAAUACACACAUGCCCAGAACUGCCCCACACUCCCCAUCCCAUCGACAGUGUGUUGGCAGUGGCAAAAUAUCACCUCCGUGCUGCCACACCAUUGCUACCAUCAUCAAAUCCAUCCUCUAUUAGGUAUCACCAACUCACCUUCAAGUCCCACUUCUUGAAUGACAUGACCAUCCCAGGCUGCACUCAAGCUAUCAGCUGCAUUAGAAUCUGAAAGAGAGGGAGAGAACAACAGACUUGCCAUUUGCCUAAUUGCCCCAUCACAACAUAGAUUUUUCAUCUGCUGGCUUGCUGAAAGAUUGUUCAUCUUUAUUACCUCUGGGUGUCUGUAAAUCAUUCACGAUUCCUCUCUUUUCAGUGUCAAAAGCUGAGGUCUUGCAGCUGAUAGAGAAUGCAAUAGAUCAUCCUAUGUGUUAGGAUUCUCUCUAGCUUCGACUUUAACGAAUUGUAAUGCAUGCCCUAUUGUAUGGUAUACUUUCCAUUUUAAAAGUUUUUUUCAUAACUCUAAUUUGAUAAGCCGAGCCUUCUAUAUCACAAUUCAUAGCACGUUUGUACAAUUAAAUAAACCGAGCUUUAUUCUGUUUUUUUUUUCCUGAAUGCUUCUUUCAGUAUUCUAUGAAUUUCUCUUAGGUUCCAUUUGUAUCGUGAUAUCUCCCCUAAAGUAGUUUCCGCUCUCAAUUUGGGCAAUGAAAUACAUGUGUAUUGCUGUUAUGUAAACUUCACAAAUUUGCGUCAGUAUUGUGAUACUCCUGGUAACAGAUAGUAUUAUUGGUUCUCAUAUCUUUUGAUUCUAUGACUAGAUCGAUUAUUCUAUGGCUAGAUCACCAAUAAAUACAUGGAAUCAGAAAUAUCUGCAAUCUGGGUCCUUCAGUUAUGUAUCAGGGGCUUCAUUCAUCAGCUUCUUUAUAGGAUGUGAAACUUGUUUGGUGUGAGGUACACAUAACUCAAGUUCGCGUGUGAUCAACUGAACGCUUGAGUUCGCUGAUUGGUGCCUUAGUGUGCGGUUGCAUGACUUAAGAUUCAUGUUUCCCUCAAAAGUUUACUUGGCAAGUGAAAAUCCCUCUUAAAAUCAAUUUCUUUGGCUUGUGAUUAAAAAUAGCAUUCUAACUAAAUAUAACUCAUAAUUUUCCAUUGAGACAAAACAUGGUAAUUAUUGGAGUGGUUGGUCUCUCUAGAAGUGCAGAAAGGCAGCUUGUUUUCAACACAAGCUAACUAAUGACCCCACUGCUGUUAACUCCCCACUUUGUUCUUUACUUCAUGAU